UAAAGCUCACAGUUCGCUUUUGAAUUUCUCGCGGUGCGGUUGUGACUCCAAGGGCCAGUGCGGAAACCGGUUCUCGAAAUCAGUUGAUAGAAAUUGAAAUCUUCAAGGAAAUUCUUUCCCUUAGGAAACAUGCUGAUCGCGUUAUUUUGGCUCUUCUUCGUGGGCCUGCUGCUGUGUGGCUUCCUCUUCUCGAAGACGACCAAGGAGUUCCCCAAGUCAUGGUUCGAGUGGAAGACGGAGUUCCGGUAUCAGUAUUUGGGCAUUGUGGGCCUCAUCCACGACGCUCAGUAUGCGGCGCGAGAUCGUGUGGCACUUUAUAAGCAGCCGGACCGCAUCGCUGUCAUCACUGGAGGCAACCGCGGCAUCGGACUGCGGAUUGUGGAGAAGCUGCUGGCCUGCGACAUGACUGUCGUCAUGGGUGUUCGCGAUCCCAAAAGCGCUGAAGCCGCCGUCGGAGCGAUAGUCGAUCUGAAAGCGACCAAGGGCAAGCUGAUCUGCGAGCAGCUCGACGUUGGCGAUCUGAAAUCAGUGCAGGCCUUCGCCCAGCGCAUCAAGGAACGGUACACUAAGGUCGAUCUGCUGCUGAACAAUGCCGGCAUUAUGUUCGCCCCCUUCAGGCUCACCGCCGAUGGCUACGAGUCGCACUUUGCCACGAACUACUUGGGCCACUUCCUGCUCAGUCACCUGCUGCUGCCCCGACUGAAGGCGGCGGGCAAGGAGGGAAAGAAUGCGAGGAUCGUAAAUGUGAGCUCCUGCGUAAACCUCAUUGGACGCAUCAACUACAAGGACAUCAACGGAAACAAGCAAUACUAUCCGGGAGCUGCCUACAGCCAGUCAAAACUGGCUCAAAUCCUGUACACCCGCCACCUGCAGACACUGCUCGAUGCAGAGAAGUCGCACGUGCAGGUGAAUGUGGUGCAUCCGGGCAUUGUGGACACGGAUCUGUUCGAGCACUCGGCCACCACAUCGGUGCCAAUGUUCAAGAAGCUCUUCUUCAAGACGCCGGAGCGGGGUUCCCGCACGGUCGUGUUUGCGGCCAUAGAUCCCUCGAUCGAGGGCCAGGGGGGCACCUAUCUGAGCAACGGCGGCAAGGGUCCCUUCCAUCCCGACGCCAAGAAACCAGCCAAGUGCGAGCAGUUCUUCCAGUUCUCCUGCGACCUGCUCAAGAUCAAACAGUAUGGAAACGGCGAAUACUGACACCUCCAAACCACUCAAUCUUUAACAUUCCUUCCACAAUUGGUUCAAUGCUAACUUUUAACAAACACUCUGUUUUUUUUUUUUUGAAACGAUUCUUUUAUAAAACAAUUUUAUAUGGA